CUAUAAAAGAAAAAAGCAAUUGUCCUCAAAGUUUACUUAUUAAACUUUUUGAUAAAAACAUAACAUUUUAUUAUGAGAUUAUUAAAGAAGGAACAUAUCUACUUUCUAAUCAAUAUUAUUAUACAAAAAAUCCUAAAUAUCGAAUUCCUAAUAAUUAUGUAAUUAAAACACGUCAUAGUAAAGCCAAACAUCUUGUAGAAUGUGCUAUUCAAUAUAUAAACAAAAAACCACUAUUUACUAUUCGGUUUGGAGCUAAUUUAAAAAUGCAAAUACAAUCUACUAAAAGUGCAUCUAAUAUUGCAUGUCAAUAUCUUAAAGCAAUCGAAAUUACAGGUAUAAAUGAACAAAGAAUUCUGGUUGGGAAUAUGGAAUUAGUUAAAUAUAAUAAAAUAAGAUAUUUGAAAUUUAUAGGUAUGAAUGUUUCGGGCAAAGGAUUCUAA